AUGGAGGGACGUCCAAUAUCGGAUCUUAAGGUUGCGGAGCUUCGCAAGGAGUUGGAGAAGCGCAACAAAGAUAAAACCGGUGUUAAACAGGUUUUGCUGGAUCGUCUUAAAGAGACUUUAGAAAAGGAUGGUCACGAUCCUCAAACCUAUCGUUUCAGGGAUGAUGAUAGUGUUAAAACUGACCUAGAGAUAUCGGAUCAUUCGCCCGUAAAUGGUGAUGGACUAGGAGCUGAAAAAGUUGGACCCAUCACGAAAAGACGUAGUCCGUCAGAUGACGUAUUGAGUGAUGAAUAUGUUAUCAGUGAACAUUCAUUGCAGAAAAAAAUUACGGAAGAAACUGUUCCAUACGUUGUUCAAGUUGGUGAGCAGGAGGAAGAUUUAGAUUAUGAUUUGAAAUAUGGAAACAAUGACGUAUCCGAAGUCGCAGGCGAUAGCAAAGAUACCCAAGUCAAAGAUGAAGAACUUGACAAGCAUGAAAAUAAACCAGAAAGUUCAGUUACUACUCACCAAAUUAGUGAAAGCUGUAGAAAUUUGUGGAUAAGUAACUUACCGAAAUUGGUGAAGGCUGCAGAUUUAAAGCAACAUUUUAGCAAGGCGGGGAAGGUAGUAUCAGCUACUGUGGUUAUGAGCACCCGCACACCUGGAGGUUGCUUUGGAUUUAUACAAAUGGCUUCUGCUGAAGAGGCAGCAUCUGCUGCUAGAGCCUAUGAUUUAACAGAGUUUGGAGGAUGCAUACUGCGGGUUGAAGCUACAGAGCGAAAAGCACCAAUCCAAUCAAACAAAGCAAAUGAUCGAGUAGCUGGAUUAAACAAAUUAAAAACUAGUGUGCCUGAAUCUCGACGGACGAUAUCCAGACCGUUGGUAUCUCGAAGACGUUAUAUUGCCAACAGACAGCGAUUGUUGCGUCGUGCUGCCAUCAGAACUGCCAUUUUGAGGGAACAACGGAAAAGGUCCGAAUAUUUAUCCGCCAAUAAUCGUCCACAUUCCAUUAAGAAAACUCCUAUCAGAAAGCCUUUAUACCAGUUUACUAGACCAAAUUAUAGAAUGUCAAAGGAUAGUUUGCGUUCACGAGGCGGACUGGCUCUUGUAUCUAGACAUAAAAGUAUUUCACAGCGACAAAGCUCUUCACGGAUUAACACCAAUCAUGAAACGCAGUCGCUGUUACAAAGAAGAUUAAAUUAUACUGUCAAUCGAAGGCUGCGUGAGCCAAUUCGUAUUCACAAAAGUGCCAAUAUUUCACGUCGAUCGUCCAAAUCAUUUUUGCAUAGAGUACGCAGAAAUUCAAAUAUAUGUCCAGAAAACCAUCGAAGCUAUUUUUCUCCACCUUCCCGUUUAAUUCCCUUAGAUACGCUUACUUCAAAAAGAAACCCAACCUUUCGCAAUAAUCGUCCUAUAGAAAGAGAUUUACGCGAACCCUAUCGCCCUGUUGUGCCAGAACGAAAGUAUCAUCCUCAGUCACCUGUUCGAUCACAUGAAUCAAGUCGGUAUUCACGAAACACUCAAUCAUCAGUUUAUACAGGAAGAAACACUGUUAAGUCAGUAUACGACAGUCGUUCUCGUCAAAGUCACUUGAUGACUCGUUCUGAACCGCGAUGUACGAAUUACAGCAGUUUUGAUAGUCGAAAAAUGACCGUAGCAUCUCGUACAGAUAUGUAUUCUGAAGAACGUUAUCGAACUCACGAUAGUCAUCUAUCUGAAGUACGCAGAAGUCAGUUAAGGUCAAAAGCCCCAACUCCACGAAUGAGAGUUGAGGAGAGUAAACGAGAGUACCGUGCAGUUAGUAGAAGCCCACCAAGGUCAAGAGAUUCUACAAUGAUGCGCCCAUACCCAGUUUCUCUCAAUUUCAAUCGCCAUCGUACGGAAGCCAGUCAUCGUUGCCGCAGUCCACUGAUGUUACAGUCUACACCACACAGGCCUGAAAUCGUGGAGUAUGAACACCGUUCAGAGCCAAGAACGAAUUGGCAGACUGAAAGGCGUUCCAAAGUUCUCUCAUCUCCAUCACAGUCAUGGAGGCCGGCAAACAAUGCAUUUUUCCUAUCUCCUACAUAUGAAAAUCGAAAUACAGGUCGCCGAUACCAAUGA